GGAGAAAUUUCUUGGAAGGGAAAAGUUACAAAAGAGUUUUAUGAAAGAUGAGCCGAAUUUAUCACAACACGUGUUUACAGAACAAACCUGUACACAAUGAGAAGGUGGAGCGCGCGUGGGCUCCCACUACGUAUGAAAGUGGCGAGGGGGUUCUUCUAGAGGGAAAGCUGCUGGAUGUUUCCAGACAUGCAAUCAGUGACAACAGCAAUCAAAAGGUCCGUUACUAUGUGCUGUACAUCAAACCCAGCCGCAUCCAUCAGAGGAAGUUUGAUGCCAGCGGGAAGGAGAUCGAGCCAAACUUCAGUGACACCAAGAAGGUCAACACCGGCUUCCUCAUGUCCUCCUACAAGGUGGAAGCUAAAGGGGAGUCAGACCUUGUGUCUGAGGAGCAGCUGUCGCUGAUGGUGAACAAAGCCGAGCUGGUGAAGAUAACAGACAGGCACCGACCCAGCGGGACCUGGGCCUUCUGGUACCCGGAGUCAGAGAUGGACAAAACAGAGCUGGAAACAGGACAGGACGUACGACUGAAGACCAGAGGAAACAGUCCUUUCAUAUUCUCCUUAGCCAAAGUGGACGGCGGCACGGUGACCAAGUGUAACUUUGCUGGAGAUGAGAAGGCCGGCGCGUCGUGGACCGACAAGAUUAUGGCCAACAAAGCGGACGCGGCCGCUCAGAAGCAAGGAGGAGAAGGAGCGGGAGCAGAGGAGGAUGAAUGGGAGGACUGAGGAAACCAUCAGCCUGAAGAGUUGGCCCUGUUCCAGUCUCCAGGUUGAACUGCUUCAGCUUGGCUCCCGCCCUGUCUCUCUCUGUCUCUCUCUGUCUUUAGAUUGGGCUCACUGGACAUUUCACUAGGGUACUGAACCUCUUACAUAUGUGGUCUUGGGGCUGGAAAAAAAAAACCU